CGCGGGGCUGCGGGCGGCGGCGGGGCUGCUGGGCCGCGUGCGCGCGGGCCGGCCGAGGCGCUGGGCGCGCGGAGUUCACAGCAAACCUUUUUCAGUUAAGGCAUGGGAUUCAGAAAGCUCCAGCUAGUGAUUUAAUCACAUCUGAAACUCUACAGGGAUUACAAGCAUUGUGGUUGACCAUCCCAUACUGCCUCAUGCCCACUGCGUGGAACUGAAGGUUCUUCACUGAGAACAAAUCAAGAAGAGCCCUUGCCUCCCGGCGGCGGUCCAUGGCCCCGGCUCUCCUCCCCGCCCUUCCCGGCAGGAUGUCGCUGCGAUCGCUCAAGUGGAGCCUCCUGCUGCUGUCGCUGCUCAGCUUCCUGGUGAUGUGGUACCUCAGCCUGCCCCACUACAACGUGAUCGAGCGCGUGAACUGGAUGUACUUCUACGAGUACGAGCCGCUCUACCGGCAGGACUUCCGCUUCACGCUUCGAGAACACUCCAACUGCUCUCAUCAGAGCCCGUUUCUGGUCAUUCUGGUGACUUCGCAUCCCGCCGAUGUGAAGGCCAGACAAGCCAUCAGGGUCACGUGGGGCGAGAAGAAGUCCUGGUGGGGCCACGAGGUGCUCACCUUCUUCCUGUUAGGGCAGCAGGCCGAAAAGGAAGACAAAACGUUCACGCUGUCCCUGGAGGACGAACACCUUCUCUACGGCGACAUAAUCCGGCAGGACUUUGUCGACACCUAUAAUAACCUGACGUUGAAAACCAUCAUGGCGUUCAGGUGGGUCACUGAGUUCUGCCCCACCGCCAAGUACGUCAUGAAGACAGACACCGAUGUGUUCAUCAACACCGGCAACUUAGUGAAGUACCUGUUGAACUUGAACCACUCGGAGAAGUUCUUCACCGGCUAUCCUCUCAUUGACAAUUAUUCCUACAGAGGGUUUUACCAAAAAUCCCACAUUUCAUACCAGGAGUAUCCGUUCAAGGUGUUCCCUCCCUACUGCAGCGGCCUGGGCUACAUCAUGUCCAGAGACCUGGUGCCCAGGAUCUACGAAAUGAUGAGCCACGUCAAGCCCAUCAAGUUUGAAGACGUAUACGUCGGCAUCUGCUUGAAUCUGUUGAAGGUGGACAUUCACAUUCCAGAAGACACCAAUCUGUUCUUUUUGUACAGAAUCCACUUGGAUGUCUGUCAGCUCAGGCGAGUGAUCGCAGCCCAUGGCUUUUCUUCCAAAGAAAUCAUCACGUUUUGGCAGGUGAUGCUAAGAAACACCACGUGUCAUUAUUAACUUCACUCGACCACAAGCCUAGACGGCAAGAUCCUUUGUCCUAGAAAGAGGUCAUGGGCCGGCCCAGGGCGGGCUUGUGCUGAAACUCCUGGUGAGGUGAGAAGCUACCCUCACCUGUGAUGCAUUUGGACACAAAUCUGAGUCCUUCCCACACAUGGCAGUCGGAGGAAUUGGACACCUUCUAACGCUAUCAAAGGUUUUUGAUGACAGAAGUAACGGGGGCCAAGCAAUCUGACCCUAUUAUUCCAGAGAUUAUAAUUUCUUUAAACUCUCCCUGAGUGGCAAGCUUACUAGUCCAUAACAACAAAGCUGUGUGGAGCUGUGUUUAUUAAACUGUGUGUAUCUUACAAGGCAUAUAUGAAUUAUUAUAUAAUGUGGAUAUUAUAUAUAGUUCUGUGUGAAAAACUUCAUUGGAGUUAUCCUGAACUCAUGUCUGUCUAUUUUUGGUCAUUUAGAAAAAGUACUUCAAGAUGUUGCAGUAUUUCUAAGUUACCUAUUAUUAUUUAGUGUUACUUCAAACAUUCGGGAUGUUAAUGUGUUACGGUGAUUUCAGUGCUGUACAAACAGAAUAAUACAUCCCCUUUUCCCAUCUGAACUUUUUGUUCCAGUUGCUUCACUGAUCUGUUUAUUACCGAUCGUCCUGUUGAUGUGCAGUCCGGUCCCAUUAGCUUUGUUUCAUGUUGAACUGUGGUAGUAAUAGAGAAGGAUUAAAGUAAGAAAAUCUGAGUUAUUGUCU